AUGGCAGCCGAGGCACGGCGUGCAACUACCGCCUCACAUACGAGGUCAUUCACAGGGUGUGCGACGUGUCGCAGCCGCCAUGUUAAGUGCGAUGAGGGCCGACCAGCAUGUGCUAUGUGCACAUCUUUUGGUCUACCGUGUGCUGGAUAUAAGAAAGACCUAUUCUUCGAUUCGAAGAAUCCGGAUAAUCGAAUAAGAUUCCGGCGGCCAUUGUUUACAGAGGUGGAGCGAGUGCGUAUGAGCGAAUGGCUGGUAUCAGCUGCACCGCCCUGGUCAACGAAUAGAAUGCUUGCACAGAUCGACGAGGAAGGAUAUGAAGACGUCUCUGGUACGGACUUUGGUCUUCAGCUAGGUCCGUUUGGUGUUUUCAAGGUACAGCAGAGUCCGCGUGGUUUGUGUAGAACUCCCAGUCUAUCUGUCAUCAAUGAUCCAGAGGAGACAAGCGCAAGCAGCCCUCUUCCAGACUUGAGCUCAGUAGCAGAAGUGUUCACCUUUGACACGAACGUUUCUCCCGGAAUACCGUUUUUCAUGGAGGCUUUGUUCGAUUCAGCGGAUCAAGGUCCAAGUCCGCCCACUCCAGAGCUUAUAGACACGUUCAUAAAUCCCACUCACCUGGAUAACGAACCAGUAACCCCCCCAAGGCUACCAUUCAUUGACUCUCACAGCCCAUACUUUCUGCAACUCUCCCGUCCUACCUCACUCUCUCACAUUUACCCCUACUGCGAACAGAACCAUUCCUCGGGAUACUAUCUUCUUGCUAAAGCAUUACUCUUCAACGGUUAUCAGCUUAAUGACACCACACUUGGAGAUGUCUUGAAUCAUGCCAGCUUAGGCGUCUUCUACGGCACACUUGCAAUAAGCGCAUUGAGCCUGGGGGGCGUAUCCAAGUCUGACGACUGGCUCAGCCAAGCCAGAUUGUAUUUCCAGGAGGCUGAAUGUCACGCAAAGCACAUGUUGCUCACAGCCUACGAUAUUCCCAAACCGGCCAAAUACAAGUCUAUGCUGAUGGCCAUUCUCACUAUGGUGCAAGUCUCAACCUUUUCUGGUGAUCGUGACCAGGCUGAAGAAUACUUUCUGGAAGCAGAAAAAUUGAUUCGCCUGAAAGGUCUGAGGCGGCGAAAGUCUCGAAAGGUCCGUUUACUGCAUCACUGCUACGCCUUCGAGCGCAUGUUUCAUGAAAGCAUCUUCAUCAACGGCGCAAACUCGAGUCAUAGGCUCAAUAUACGUAGAGCUAUUGAAUCCAGCGGCCUCGCUCCUUGCAGUGUCGAUGGACUCUCUUUUCGUUUGUCUAAAUGGCAAAACCUCCAACAAGAGAUGAUGCGUGUUCGAGAUCAAGAGGAAGGUGAGAACGAUCUCCAUCUUGAGCGACCUGGUUUAUGCUUUGCCACGUUGUACCCAGAGAUCUUCGGCAUCCCAGAACCUUGGGUUCAGCUGCUAUCACUGAUUAUCCGCCUGGGGACCGAAAAGGAUACCGCCGAGCACGAGAGCGACAGCAGUCUCGACCUGAAGGAUUUCAUCAGCAGAGCGAAGGCGCUAGAAGAUUGCAUCAAUCGGCUUCAAAAGCCGAAAGAAAUGACAGUCUGUCUCGAUACCCAUCAGUCCUUUGUGGACCGAGAUAUCUUAGAUCAUAUGCUUGAGGCGAUGCGCAAUGCCUUAGCAAUUUAUUUCUACCGCCGAAUAUACGACCUGAACGCGUCUAUGUUGCAAGACAAAGUCUCGACUAUUCGAGACUGUCUUCUUCAAUGUGAAUAUGCUGAUUCUAGCGUAGUACAUGGCUCAGCUGGGUUUAUCUGGCCAGCUUUUAUUGCUGCAUGUGAAGCCGAAGAUUCGAAGGUACAAGCGUCCUUCUCAACCUGGUUCGAGCUAUCAGCGCGUCGCAGUGGCUUGUCUUGUUUUGACCAAACAUUGUCAUCUAUACAGCAGAUUUGGGAUGAGAAGCAGCGAGGGAACGGCAGCAGUAUGACAUGGUUAGAUCUCAUGAAGAAAGCCUAA